AUGUUGGAGGUGCACUGCUCAGGAACACCCUACGAGAUCGGUCAUCAACAUGGCACACUAGCAAAGGAUAAGGUAGCGGGGUCACUCGCAUUCUACGAGAACCUGUUCCAAGAGACAUGCUCCAUGAACUGGGAAGCUGUACGUCAAGAGGCAGAAAAUUACAUCAAGCCUCUGACAAAGCUCUCUCCCCGCCAUGUACAAGAGCUUCAAGGCUUAGCAGACGGCGCUGGCGUUGAUCUCGUCGAUAUCGUCGCUCUGAAUGUUCGGACAGAAAUCACAUUUAGUCUCUACACCAGUGUCCCUAGCACCUCGAUUCAAACGGAUGGAUGUACCAGUGCUGCAUACCGACAACCCAACGGCGAAGUUCUCCUGGCGCAGAAUUGGGACUGGCAGCUUCGGCAAGCGCCAAAUCUUAUUGUCUGCCACAUCUCCCAGCCUGGAACAGAUCUACCCGAUAUCUCAAUGGUGACUGAGGGGGGCGUGAUAGGCAAGAUUGGUAUAAACUCAGCUGGGGUGGGAACACUGUUGAAUGCAAUUCGAGCUCGCGGCGUUGACAAUACCAAACUUCCAAUUCACCUUGCUUUACGGACAGCUCUCGAGUCUAAAUCUGCACGAGAAGCAGCAGACAAGCUCUAUAAAACAGGAACAGCCGGAAGUGGCCAUAUACUCGUGGCAGACCAAUCUGAAGCGAUAGGUCUGGAGUGUACGAGCAUAGGCAUAAAGGAGAUUAACUUUGACAGCGACGGGACGCUUCCUCAUACUAACCACCUCCUUCUUGAUCACCCCGGAGUGGAUGAGCCUGGUUGGCUACCUGAUUCCAAAGAUCGUAUAAAACGUACUUCUGAGCUGCUCAAGGAGAAAUUGGCCUCUACUGGUAUUGAUCACUCUUCAUUCUUUGAGUUAUUUCAAGAUGAGCAAGGAUAUCCGACAUCUAUCAAUCGCGCUGAGACCUCACCGGGUCAAGAAACUGUAACACUAUUCAACAUCAAUAUGGAUCUGGCCAAAAGAAGAGCUACAGUUACAGUUGGGAGACCUAUUAAUUGGACCGAAAGGAUAGAGCUGUCGCCUUAG